UGAGUGACGUUGAUGUUUUAUCUGACAUUCCGGCCAGCUGAAGGGACAAAUAGAAGUGGUUUAAAUGGCUAAAAUUGAGAAUAAACUCGCAAUCAACACAGUGGAACAAGCCCAGCCUCCUCAAACCAAAGAAUGAAACUGAUUGCCUCACACUGACGGCUCUCUAAAUACUUGCCCGUGAUAAGGUGUGUGCUGCUGUAUUUAGGUGUCUCAGGUAUCAAGUGUGAUUCUGUAUCCUGUAGUUGUUUUUUUCCACAAAGCAGAGUCGGCGUGGACGGACACACAGCACAGCUGUGACACCAGAAAAAACAUUGACGGUGUGUUGCAUUUGGAGCGACAAAAAAAGAGAGACCUAUGAAGAAUGAACAACAGUCACCAGGAAUCGUCACCAGACAUACAGGAGAACCAGUUUGGGAGUCCUGCCCUGUCCAAACAGAGGAGGAUCAUCCACUUCUCCAGCGGUGAAACUCUGGAGCAGGAAGACAGUGAGGAGGAGGAGGAGGAAGAGGAGCAGUCAUCAAACAGGCCUCCAUUCAGGGAACCUGCAGAGAGGACUAGGUUGUCAUUCAAGAAUGUGGCCAUUCUAGUUGGGAGGCUUUCACUACUGACUUGUGAUUUCCUUGGAGAGAGACUAUCUGGCGCACUAGGACUGAAUGCGGCCAAAUACCAGUAUGCCAUAGACCAACAUCAACGCGACCACAAGACAACAAGAAGCCAGGCCGAGGACAACCUCGUGGAAGGACGGGCAGAGACGAUACAUCUCCCCUCUGGAGGGGGUCGGGGUCAGUACGGAGCUACAGGAGAAGCAGGCCGCCCUGCUGACCCCCAGGCCAGCUGUGAAGAGAAACACAUGGACAGAAGUGAAGGACGUCACAACAGAGCCUAUCAAGCAGAUGAGGAUUAAUUGAAAUAAAACUGAAAAAGAGGAAAAGCAAAGAAAUGAGUUUUUUAUGUGAAAGUUCUUGUUUAAAGUGCACUGAGUAACAAAUAAUGCAAUCAGGCUUGCUUAAAUGAUACAUAUAUGACAUAAUUUU